AUGGAUAUCGGGGACCCCCUUGCCAGCGCUGAUUUCGAAUCAGAAAAUGAAGAGUACUCUCAAGACGGCACGCCGAAGAAACCCAGGGCCUUGCCUGCUGACUUGCCGACGUCGCUGGACGACCGAAGACGAGCUCCAGAGUACGCGGGUGAGAUGGAGAUGUAUGACGGAUGGCAAGGUCAAUCGCAAUACCUGACGACGCCGAUCACCGCGAAACCAUUAUCCUUCAGCCUUGCGCUUGACGAUCACUCUCACGACGAGGAACACGAAUUGCGUGCUCGUUAUGCCCAAUCAUUCUACGACAGAGAGGACGAUACCGCCGCGCGACUAGAGGAUAGUGAUGCCAGAUUAUUAGAAAUGCUAGCGGCGCAAGCGGCACAUCGCGAGAUGGACUCACUCGGCACAGACGAUGACGACAUAGCGCUAGACGAUAGCUUGUCGGAUGAGGAGAAGAAGAGCAUCCUGCAAAAAAGUCUCAAUAUGGCCGCGAGUAAUGGUGACGUGGACAGAGUGCGGAAAUUAGUCAAUGGCCAUGCUCAUCAAUAUGUGGACGUUAACAAACCAGACGAAGAGGGGACGGUGCCUCUGAUAUACGCAAGCUGUUUUGGCCACCAAGAAGUCGUAUCCGCGCUUCUUGAUGCUGGAGCAUUCGUCGAUAAGCAGGAUCGUAACCAAUGGAGCGCAUUGAUGUGGGCAAUGACUAAUCGACACAAAACUAUCGCAAAAGUUCUACUUGACCAUGGAGCUUCACCUGACAUCAAGUCGUCUUCCGGCGGAACUGCACUCGAUUUCCUUCAGCCCGGAACGGACAUUUCGCAAUAUCUUCAUGACAACGGAUACAAUAUAGGGCCCGUUGGGAUCGAAGACGACUUCUAUGAUUCAGGAUUCAGCCACGGCCGUUUUGAAGAGGAGAUGGCCCAAAACGAAAUGAAGCGCCGAAUGAUGAUGGAGGAAAGUGCACUUAAUCUGGAGGUUGACUUGUCGAGUCUCGGCCUUGAUGAGAAAAUCGAGGAACCAGAUGAUUUUGAAGAUGAUCAACAGGAAUUCGUUUGGGACAGGUGUUUGAAUGACCAGAUGUUUGUGUUUCAAGAUAACGAGCUGGAAAAGAUAUUAAACAUAAUCAUCACAAACAUGACGCCACAACGGUCGCCUUCUCAGAAACCAGUACCGGCGAACCUGCUUUUCUUAAGCGCUCGGUAUGCGCAUUACCACGCCAGUCCCGAACUACUGGCGCAGCUUUUAAUGUCUGCAACAGACAAGAUCAACGAUGUGGUGGAGCGUCAUCAAUGGGAUAUGACAAUAUUAGCCUUCUGGAUAUCGAACGCGACUCUGCUCCUACACUACCUCAAGAAAGAUCCUGGCCUGAUGGUGUCAACGGUAGAGUUUCAAUUGCAUCUCGCGGAAUUAAUCAAUGAGAUCUUUAUUCUCAUUAUCCGUGACGCAGAACGUCGCAUGAAUCGCGUUCUGGAUCAAGCCAUGCUUGACCAUGAGACGAUACCAGGAUUAAGUGACGUUACAUUCCAGAAUGAAUGGAAGCUCUUCAAGUCGAAACCGAAGCCAAAAGUUGAACCUCCAGAGAAACGAUUCCGUCCGCCGUCACCAAAGCGGCGAGCGCAGGUGUCGCCUCGAAACAUCACAUCGUUGCUAUCCUCCACUCUAUUUGUUCUAGACCUGUACGAUGUCCAUUCGGUAAUCACAUCACAAAUCAUCUCCCAGCUACUCUACUGGCUUGGUGCGGAGCUUUUCAAUCGCAUCAUGCUAACGAAGAAAUACCUCGCCCGUACAAAAGCAAUGCAGAUCCGCAUGAAUAUAUCGGCGCUUGAAGAGUGGGCACGAAACAACAACAGGAAACCAGAGCAUUAUGAAAACGGCUCAACGACUACAACGGGCGAAACAACCGUGGACUCGGCAAGAAAACAUCUUGCGCCCGUGAUUCAGCUGCUCCAGUGGCUCCAGUGCUUUUCCUCAUUGGGUGAUGACCAUGAAGCUCUCAUCACAACUUUACUACAAUUACAGCAACUUACCCCCAAUCAACUCCUUCAAGCUGUGAGGUCCUAUCGCGCAGAGGUCGGAGAGAAGGGGCUCACCAAGAACGCAACAAAGUUUUUGGUUAGUCUGCAACACGACCCAGAUCUCUUAUAUCGCGAGCAUGUGAAAUUACAAAAACUGGCCCUUGUCGCGAGCACGCAACCAUCCCCAUCUACAGACAACGGCAACACACCUGCCUCUCUUCCGCCAUCAAGUCCUACAAAAAUAGACCAUCCAGACACACCCCAAACACCAACCACCGCCUCCGACCAUGAUACCAACAACGACGACCAACUCAACGGCCCUUCAACCCCGCGAAGCAGCGUUUUCCUAAAUUCGCCCAUCAUGGCCUCCCCCGGUUAUCACUUCUCCUCUCCCACACCGGACAGUUACCUCCUCGACCCAUCCAUGACACUUCCAUUCAUAUUACCUACAAGUACAGAUAUGCUGAUCAGCUACGGCGCCGGCUUUGGCGGGACGAAUAAGGAGAGAGCUAGAAAGUAUAUUCCGACUGUGCCUACAGAGGUGUUGAGUCGGUUUGAUAGAGUGUGA